CUAGGAUGAAAGCGCGCACCCAAUAUAGUAGGGGAAUCUUUUCCAUUCUAAUUUUGGUAAACAGACUACCCCUAUUCCUGGAUUACGAUAUGUUUAAUGUAAUAGAAAGAAGGCCAGGAAGACUUUCCAUAUGAUUUUGACUGAAAAUCAUGACUUAAAAUUAUAUCGUGAAAUUAUUAAAUCAGUUAUGAUAAGCAUGCUGAUCAUGAUUUAAUGCGAUUAACGCUGGCUUUACUGAUCUUGAACCCGAUGUGUUAUGAAUGUACAUUUGUACAUAUAUAGCGUUUCAAUUAGUAUAACACGAUUUUAUUGUGUUAUUCACACUACAAUUGGACUAUAAAGCGACAAGCUAUGAACACAAGGAGGCGAAACGGAUUAUGAAUAAGUUUUCUAACUAAUUAGUAGCUACACGCUCUGCUAAAUUAGGAUUACAGUGUAAGGCUAAGUAAAUCCCAUCGCUGGAACUCCCCGUAUAAAGUUGGAAUCCCGGUGGAUUGCCAUCACUGGAAGGCUAGGUCUAGACGGGCGAACAUGAGGAUUCCAAGUUAUGCACUGAUCGUUGGUACAUUAGCGAUAGUGAUUCAAACAGUGUCAGGAAGAUGCCCUUCGCUAGGAAAAUGGACGAAGAAAAGUAACAACGGAGAAAUUAGCUACUCAAAACCCCCAGCAAGUGGGAAGGCCAAGAAAGCAGAGUAUGAUACUGACGUUAAGGUCACGUACACCUGUAUUGAUGGCUAUGAACUCUACCCUAAGCCAAAAAAUGGGAAAGGAGUUCGUAAAUGCCACAAACAAGGCUAUUGGACUGAGGUGGACUACGCUUGCAUAUCAAAGGAGGGUUUACUGGAUGAUACUUUAGAGACUAAAGAAGAGAAACGCGUGAGAAAUGGAAAGUUAGCAACCAAAUAUGCACCUCCACCUGUGCGCCAAUCUGACAGGGAAAGGGGCAGAGGAAAGGAUAAAGUUAUAAUUGGUGGCUUUGGAAGCGGUCCUUGCGGUUCACCACCGGUGGUACCCAAUGGCGUCAUUGCCUGGGCGGCUGACGACAGGUCUGCAGUACGUUACGCUUGUGCAAGCGGGUACCGCAUGGAAGGAUAUGAACUAGUCGUCUGCGAAAUGAAAUCUUGGAGCCCAAGAAAUGCACCGACAUGUAAAGCCAUGCAACCUUGUAAGAAGAAUAUGUGUCUAAACGGAGGUACUUGCUGGGAGAACCCGACCAUAAAGGAGGGGUUUGAAUGCGAAUGUCCAGAUGGUCACUUCAAGGGUCUACGUUGCGAAGCAACUAAGUCGUCUACAAAGAAGGGUCUUGCCGUUUCCCUGUCAAGGAUGGAAGACUGUAGAGAUUUCGAAGUUUUCAAAGAUAUAAAGUGGUGGUAUGACUGGUCACUAACAGCAAAAGAAACCAAAGGGAAAAUCAUCCAGAAGCUAAAUGGGAAAGAAUGUAAACCUAGUGAUCUAACUAAUCUGGGGGAGAGAGUACCGAUGAUAUUUACGUUGCAUUAUGGAGACGAGGCAAGUAAUCUCAAACAAAAUCUAAUGAAUAAAGAACCAGGAGAAAGUAAUCAUGUGUUGGGGUAUAAUGAGCCGAACCAUAAAAAUCAGGCUAACGUUGGUGCUGUUGAAGCGGCUAUGAUGUGGAUGAUGAAAGUAGUUCAACCUGCAAAAGAGGGUGGCAGAAAAUUAGUUACACCUUCCGCUUCAAUUUGUGGGACAGAUGAGAGCAGGUGUACAUCAACAGUUCUACAAUGGUUCAAUAUGUUUAUGGACAUGUGUAUCGGGUGUGAAUUCGAUUAUUUGGCCACGCAUUACUUUGGAUGUAAUGCGUCCUAUGUAAUGUAUUAUCUGGAAAAGCUACACGACCAAUACAACUUGGAUAUAUGGCUCACUGAAUUAUCUUGCCCGAGGGAAGAUGACCCCGACGUUCAAUUACAGUUCAUGAAAGAAAUACUUCCAAAACUGGAGGCAGCACCUUGGAUCAACCGCUACGCAUGGUACACAUGGCGGUUAAGCCAUAAAGACACUUAUAUCAAGAAAGGCGCAUCACUUCUGCACGAAAGGGCUUCCCAAUUAACAAAACUUGGGAGAUAUUAUGAUAAUUAUGAACCACAUAUUUAAUAAAAACAGACAAUAGUAAACGCAUGUUUCCUGGAUGUUUAUACUAGGGUUUCAAAUAAAAUGCACGCCUACAGCGGUUACUAAAAACUAUUUGAACUCUUGCUUUGCAUUCUUGUAUCAGCUCACAGUUCACCUCUUUCGGUUUUCCUUCGGACAUAUUUGAACUCCAUUAACAUGAGAUACGACUCCAAAAAUUUAGAAUGGAUAUUGGUCAACAUUCCAUAAAAUAUUCAGGUGCUCUACUUUUGAAUAAUCUUCUUAAUAAACUUGCAUAGAUUAUUUUAGAAAGAAUUGUAAAACUUCUAUGAUAUCAAAAUAUGAAUGAACAGAGUUUA